GAAGUGACGUCAUCGGCCGCCAAUAUGACGUGGUGCACGUGUGUUGCCGGACUCAGAUCGGAGAAGAGUAGACCGUUGAUGGAUAUCGGUCCCCAACCGUCCUUCUAUUAUUUGAGAGCGAAAAGCUUUAAUCUCCGGGCGCCUCAAUAGAAAAAAGAAAAAUGGAAGAAAUCACGUGCGAAGAACGCAUUGUUAUGACACCUACUAAAAAAGGUCAGGGGCACACAAGGAUACGGAUGGAUCGUCAGAAACAGGUCGAUCUGGACAGUAGCAACGUGGUGCACGUAGCCGGAGGCGAUCAUAGGGGAAUAGUCAUUAACAAACAAACUGAAACAGUUAGUUUAACAGAUGAUCCUCCUCAUCUCUCAUUGGAAUUUAAGGUGUUUUUAACAAAUGCAGUGAAUAAUGACCAGACAAAGGAAAGACGAAAGUUGUUAUUCUGGUUCAAGGAGCACAUUUCCGAAAAGGAAAAAAUGCAUAAUGCGCAAGAUUUUUUCAAAGAAUUAAUUAGUCCUUUUGAAUUUCCAAGAGAUUAUGUUGGGUUCAUUAAAAAAAUAAUGAAGUUAAUGCAAAACAGAUAUGUUGAUAUUAAAAGAAUUGAAGUAGAUAUGAAACAACUGGAUUGCAGUAAAAUUGAAUUGCCAAUACAUGCAGAUAUGAUGAAUGACCUUUCAGCACCUUUAAAAGUUCAACUGACAAAAGUAAAAGUCUUAGAAAUGAUUGAAUCAGCUUAUCCUAAUUCUUUAUCUGUGGAAGAUAUGUCCAACACAUUCCAAUGCUCUGAAGAAGAACUGAUUGAUAUUUUAAAUGCACUCAUAUCAACAGGAUUAAUAAAAAAUAUGGGAAAAGGAUUUUAUUCUAGAGUUACACAGAAUGAUACAGAAGUAAAAUUAGUCCGUCAAAUGCCAACUGUUGUCAAUGCUAAGCAGCCAACAAUAGCUAUCAUAACUGCUCAAUAUUGUGAAAAACUUGCUGUUGAUGCAAUGAUUGAAAAUAAAGAUACUUAUGUCAGAUAUAAAACUGAAGGUGAUUCAAAUGUUUAUACUCUUGGAAAUAUUGGAAUGCAUCGUGUAGUUUCUACUAAAUUACCUGCAGUAGGACAUUCUCGAAGUGCUAUGAUUUCUGCAGGAAACACCAUGACUCGACUCCUUGGAAUCUUUCAGAGAGUUGAAUACAUAUUUCUUGUUGGUGUGGGAGGUGGUGUACCUCAUUAUACAGAUUAUUCAAAACAUGUAAGACUUGGAGAUAUUGUAGUUUCUGUUCCAGCAAAGGAUUUAUUGAAAAAGUAUAUUUAUUUAUAUUGUGAAAAAACAUGGAAUUCAGUGGAAAAUGCAUCAAAUAAUCUGUUAACUUCUACCAAAAACUUUAAUAUAAAAACAUGGAAUCCACCUCACAUGCAUUUACAAACAGUUGCACAGAAUUUGUGGGAACAAUACAUUGGAGGAAAUGAUGGUUUUUGUCCAUGGAAAGUUUACAGUGAGGAAGGUCUCAAAGAUUUAAAAAACCAAGAAGCUGACUUUGCUAGACCAGCCGAAGAAAGUGAUAAACUAUUUAUGUGCAUCGGAGGAAAAGAUGUUAUUGAAGUUGGCCACCCCAGCCCACCAGAAAAUUCAUUCGAUCCUCGACAAGCAGGAUUGCCCGUCGUGCACUUUGGAGCCAUAGGUUCGGGAAGGCAUUUAAUGAGAGAUGAUUCCUUAAGACUAGAAUUUGCAAAUCAGAAUGGACUGUUAGCAUAUGACAAAGAAUUCGAUAGCGUUAUUGAAUCGAUACAUGGAAAUCGAAAAGACAACUAUGUUUUUAUAAGGGGAAUUGCAGAUUAUAAGGAUGGUACAGAACAAAAGGAUUGGCAACCUUAUGCUUCAUUAAUUGCAGCUUCAUUUAUGAAGGCAGUUAUUUGCUCUCUAGAACCAUACGAUAAAGAGUAAAUAUUUAAAAACAUGAUCUAUUUUUUAUUAGAACUUAAAAAAGAUAUUGUAAUUAAGAUUAAAAAUGUACAGUGUAUAUAUACAAGGCACAAAUAUACAAUAUGUAUACAAUAUUCAGUAUACAUUUAAAGUGAAACCACUUAGUACUGUUGAUAAAUUAAUAUUGUAAUCUUAAACAAUAUUACAAAAUAUAUGAAAAAUUUCAAUAAAACAAUAUUUUUCCUUUUUCUAUGAUUCAAAAUAUGUAGUUUUUUUAU